CUGCACAUACAGAUAGACAUGCACAUAUAUGCUUCUAUUGUUCUAUAUAGCAGCCAGAAUUGAGGAAAUUAAUUAGCAACGUGUCUGUGUUUGACAGGAUCAAGGUAGUCUCUUCUUUUAUAGAGAUGGUUGAUAGCACGGGCGGCAAUAAUUCAGAUAGGGAAGGGUUUAAGUACCAUUUUGCUGGUACUGCCAGUGGUGCCUUGGGUACUGAUCAAGAUGCGGCCAUGAAAGAGCAAGAUCGGUUGCUUCCCAUAGCUAAUGUUGGGCGGAUCAUGAAGCAGAUUCUUCCUCCUAACGCUAAAAUCUCCAAAGAAGCCAAAGAAACCAUGCAAGAGUGUGUUUCCGAGUUCAUAAGCUUUGUUACAGGAGAAGCUUCGGACAAGUGUCAUAAGGAGAAACGCAAGACUGUGAAUGGGGACGAUAUUUGUUGGGCUAUGGCAACUCUAGGAUUUGAUGACUAUGCCGAGCCUUUGAAAAGGUAUUUGCAAAGGUAUAGGGAGUUGGAAGGGGAGAGAGCUCAACAAAGUAAGCCAAGCAGCAAUGAAGAUCAAAAGAACAAAACAACAAACUAUGGGGCAGCCGAAACAACAAGGAAACCUACUGUUCCGCCCACUCCCUUGAAGUUCAAUGUGAUUGAUAGGAAUAGUAGCCCUCUGUCCAGGCGAUUUUGAAAACUAUGAAGCACGGUAAUGAUAUCUAGUCUUAUAUUUAACAUUUUGAAGCUGAUGAUGUUCAUGUGCAGACAGACAUGUUCCUACAGUAGGUGGGUAGGAGUGGGGGUUGGGAGAUGGUUGGUUUUGCUACCUUGUUUGGGCACUAAAUUAUGAAUUUUGUGUUUGAUCAUCGUUUUAGCUGAAGGAUAUUGUAAAAUAAAGCUAAUCUUUGUAUCUUUUUCUUGAA